AUGCCUGAGGAGAGCACCCCACACACACGGCGCAAAAGAGGCCUUUCCUUGCGCCUGCAGCUCCUCAACAAGGCCGUGGCCGCCCUGGUCAACCCGUUCUGGGACUCCAGGCAGAGUCAGAUCGAGCUUGAAAACUUGGACCUGACUUCAAACACAACUUCUGAGCCAGCUGGAAACAAAGCGGGCACAUCGGAAACAUCGUCGGCUUCCCACGGCGACUUUCUUGCCCCUCCGGCCAUCAGCGUCGAGCCGCCUCGAGAAUACCCCAAGUACUCCCAGAAAAUGCUGCGUCUGACCACCAGACUCACCACGAUUCUGAGCGCCAACUCGCUGGACGAAGAAGAACGAGAUCUGCGUUUUGCCCGCCAGAAGCGGUUCCGUAACUCCUGGCGUGGCACAUUCUGGAAGUACCGCAACAGGCUUUUGGGUCGUUCCCAGCUAGGAGCCUCGGAGUCAGGCCGAAUCAUCCCACUCUGUCUCCGCAAGGAAAAGGCAAACUCCAUCUUCAGCGACGAGUACUACUCCUCCACGCAUAAGGCAUACGUUGACGAGCGUUCGGGCGAGCCCUACGUCAGCAACACCAUCACCUCAUCCAAAUACAACAUCUACACGUUCCUUCCAAAACAGCUCCGGGCGCAGUUCUCCAAGCUCGCCAACUGCUACUUCAUGGUUGUCGCCAUCAUGCAGAUGAUCCCUUCGUGGUCCACCACGGGCCAGUUCACCACCAUCAUUCCGCUCAUGAUCUUCAUGUCCAUAUCGAUCGCCAGAGAGGGUUUUGACGACUGGAAACGUCACACGCACGAUAAGGAGGAGAACUCCAAGGUGGCCCAAGUUGUCUGUGAAGACGCCGAUUUGGCCUCUUUUGACGCCCAGUCCAUCCACACCAUCAUGACUGAGACCAUACCGGUGUACCCAGAAGAACCCACCAAUGCUUCUUCCACGUCCCUUUCCGAUUCCAAAAAUAUCUUCUCCAAUAGCGUUUCCAUGACUCGCUACAACUUGCGCCUGAACAGGACUGCCUGGAAGGACCUCAAGGUUGGCGAUGUUCUUCAGAUCAACGAAAACGACUGGAUCCCCGCAGACGUUAUACUUUUGGCAGUCGACAGCGACGAGACAGAGGCGUUCGUGGAAACCAUGGCUCUUGACGGUGAAACCAACUUCAAGUCGAAAUUCGCCCAUCCAGAGCUCCUGAAACUAACACAAAGACCCAGCGAUCUCAAGAACGUUCGCUGUCUUGUCACCACCGAGGACCCCAACCCCGACUUGUACAAUUUUGAAGGCCAUUUCUCCUCCAACGGCUAUAAAUACGCUCUUGGUCUCGACAAUGUCGUUUACAGAGGCAGCAUCUUGCGUAAUACCCGGUCGGUCUUGGGUCUCGUGGUAUUUACAGGUGAAGAGUCCAAGAUCCGCCCCAAGCUUCAGCGCAAUAUCAACUUCAUCGUGUUGUUCAUGAUUUUUGUUGUUAUCAUGCUUUCCGCCUUCUCCACCAUGGCCCAGCGUCUAUAUCUUCAGAACGAUCUCCACAAAGCUUGGUACCUCUUUGAUCAAGACGUGGGCGUGGCCGCUACACUCAUGGGAUUCAUCAUCAUGUACAAUACGUUGAUCCCGCUUUCACUUUACGUCACGAUGGAAAUCAUCAAAGUCAUGCAGCUCCUUUUCCUACAAUACGACAUCGACAUGUAUGAUCCCAAAUCGAACACUCCGGCUGAUGCAAAAACUGCCACCAUUCUAGAGGAGUUGGGCCAGGUGUCCUACGUCUUCUCAGACAAAACAGGAACCCUCACAGAUAACGAGAUGCUUCUACGUAAGUUCAGUGUUUGUGGUGCUAACUGGAUUCACGAUACAGACCAGCUAGCGCAAGAGAAGGAGGAUCCAGAGUUUGGUGAUCAUCACAUGGCCAAAGUGGACGCAAUCCGUCCUCUGCAACACCACAAAGCACCUGUUCCAGGAAGGAAAAGCACUACUUCCAUCGUUAGACAGAGCAUGGAAAUGUCGUCUAUUCGCUCUUCCACCACAUGGAGAUCAACGGCACAGCCGGAAAAGGAGCAGAAUUUGGCCAGCUCCUUGUACUUGUUGAAGUACAUUCAAACUCACCCUGAGACCAUUUUUUCUAGGAAGGCAACAUUCUUUCUUUUGAGCAUUGCUCUUUGUCAUACUUGCCAGCCUAGAAAGACCAAGACCGUCAAUAACAGCUCCACAUAUACCCUUGCUGAUAGCAGUGAAGAGGAACAAUUGAAUGAUCUUGACGAAGAUGCCAGCAUCAAUUACCAGGCUGCUUCCCCUGACGAAUUGGCCUUAGCUGAUGCGGCAAGAGAUCUCGGUUUCGUCAUUGCUGAUAAGCAGAAUGGUGUCAUCACAGUGAAGACAUAUCCACAUGGCUUUGACGCUCCUGCAAGAUCAGACCGCUAUGAGAUUCUUGACGUUGUUGAAUUCAACUCUGUGCGUAAGAGAAUGUCUGUGGUCGUCAAGUUUCCUGACGGUAGAGUCGGUGUGAUUUGUAAGGGUGCUGAUAACGUCAUCCUUGAGUUGUUGAAGAACUCUGAGCUCGCGAAGAAGAAGGCGAGAGACAUCUUCUUGUCAUCCGCUGACAGGAAAACCCAAGAGGCCGAGAUUGUCUUACAAAACAAGGUCUCUGCCGAACUUGAAAACAGAAAGUCCUUGUCGUCAUUGACAAGUACAAGUAUGGAUGUGGCUGAGCGUAUUGGCUCCAUUGACAACAUUGUUACCCGUCAAGAGAGCGAUAUAAGUCAGAUUGCAGCCAAAGCUAGAAAGUCUCUCCACAUUCAGCAAAACAAACGUUACAGUAUGGACGAGUACAAUGAUGCCGACAAAAGCCAAAGCUCUCAUGCAUUUAUACCGAGAGACAAAUUACUCGUGAACGAAGAGUUUGCGUUAGAAAAAACAUUGGAGCAUAUCGAGGAGUUCUCGUCCGAAGGGUUGCGUACUCUUUUAUAUUCGUUCAAGUGGCUCAAUAACGCAGAGUAUGAGCUGUGGGCAAACGAGUAUCGUGAAGCUAAAAUUGCAUUAACUGACCGUGCAAAGAAGGUGGAAGAGGUGGGUGCAAAGAUAGAGAACAACUUCGACCUUCUUGGUGCUACAGCUAUCGAAGACAAAUUACAGGACGGUGUAAGUGAAGCCAUUGAUAAGUUGCGUCGUGCUGGUAUCAAGAUGUGGAUGCUUACUGGUGACAAAAGAGAAACCGCCAUCAACAUUGGAUACUCUUGCAGACUUAUCAAAGACUAUUCUACUGUCGUUGUAUUGUCGAGUGAGGAGGGCACCGAGAGACUCACACAGCGUAUUAGUACUGCCAGUCUGGAAAUCAAAGCUGGAAGAAUCGCUCAUUCUGUGGUAGUUGUUGAUGGAGGUACUUUGGGUGAAAUUGAAAGUGAUCCCACGUUGUUCUCCGUUUUCAUCGAGCUUUGUAUCCAGACAGACUCAGCUAUUUGUUGCAGAGCCUCUCCUUCUCAGAAAGCUAGUAUGAUCAACUCGGUCAGAAAGUUAAGAAAGAGAGACGUUACGUUAGCUAUUGGAGAUGGUGCCAACGAUAUUGCCAUGAUCCAGAGUGCUGAUAUCGGUGUUGGUAUAACAGGUAAGGAAGGCUUGCAAGCUGCAAGAUCUUCUGAUUACUCCAUCGCUCAAUUCCGCUUUUUGCUUAAGUUACUUCUUGUGAACGGUCGUUACAAUUACAUCAGAACAGCGAAGUUUGUUCUUACAACAUUCUACAAGGAGCUUUUAUUUUACUUGACACAAUGUGUCUACCAAAGAAACGCCAUGUUUACGGGUUCCUCGAUGUAUGAAAAGUGGUCGUUGUCGAUGUUCAACACCCUUUUCACGUCAUUGCCAGUUCUUUGCGUUGGUAUGUUUGACAAAGACUUGAAGCCUUCCACCCUUCUAGCGGUUCCGGAGCUCUACGCCAUAGGUCGUAACUACAGGGCUUUCAACCUAAAGGUUUUUAUUUAUUGGAUGGUUUUGGCUGCAUUGCAAAGUGUCGGUGUCUCCUUUAUCGCCUACUAUGCUUGGGGUUUUAGUGCCACGAAAGACAACACAACGUUGCCUUUGGGAACCUUGGUCUUCUGGACACUCGUUAUUGUCAUCAAUGCUAAAUCACAGUUUUUGGAGCAGCGCAACAAACAGUGGUUGGCAUUUGCAUCGUUCAUCAUCUCGGUAGCUGGCUACGGGCUCUGGAAUGUUCUCAUCAUGUUCCUCCAUCGGAGCAACAUAACUACCAUCUAUUAUGCCGAUUAUGGACUCAUGGAGUUUGGUGCAGAUAUUUCAUGGUGGGCUACACUUUUGAUUCUCCCUACUUGUCUAUUGUUCUUUGACUUCGUUUUACAGUUGUUGAAGAUUAUGUUCAACCCAAGUGAUGUGCAAUUGUUCCAGAUUUAUGAGAAGGAUCUUGAUCUCAGACGAAUGUUUGAGGAAAGAUCCUUCAACGAAUUGAAGCAGGGCUGGUUGUUCCCCAGAGAUCCAUCGACUACAUUCAUGAAAUUGAAGGGAUUGUCAAAUAAAUUAUUUGGCUCAAAACUUGAAGCAAACGACGAUUUUGUGGUUGACGAGACACCUGGCUCUGCUGCUCAUAGGAAGCGUGCUGGAACAAAUCCUUUGGAAUCUGAGCUUCCACCAAGUGGUGAAGGCGUCGGUUACACUGGUGAUGUUGAUCGCUACAUCGAUGACGAAUAUGUUGUUUUACCUAGUGGCACCCGCGUGAAAGUCAAGAAGCCCGGUAUAUUCUCGAAGAUAGCGAAGAGGUUCAAAAAGAACAAGGAGCAAGAAGACGAGGAUAUCGAUGACAUUAUCGACAAUAGAAUGAGAGGACUUGAACUGUCCUGA